GACUGGUAAAUUGUGGCACGGUGUGACGUUUGGCAUAAAUAUUUUGACUUUUCUGGACAUUGAAGAUUUGUGUAGUAAAUGAUCCAAGAUAUGAGGCGAGAGGAAGUGUGUUUUAUCCGGACGACUCAUUAUUAGCUUGGAAAACAAUCACAACUCUGUGUUAGUGGAGAUAAACCAACUUUACUACGGGCUGGGGUGAUAUUUUGAAGUUGUAUUUGAUAAACUUGAAUCAAAGAAAUGAAGUUGUUUUUGGACAUUAUAUCGAGAUAACAACAAACAUUUUGUGUAUAAAUUUUCUGAUAUUUCAAUGAAAUAAAGGUUAUAUACAGCUGAGACGUUCUGAUGCAUUACACAACAAAGAUGGAUAAUUCUCGUAAAUCAUUCAGCAUUGACGCUUUAUUGUCAAAAUCAUCUUCCGUUUCAACACCCAAGAAAACUUCAGACUCAGACCAACGUUUUCAUUCGAAGUCACCGUUAGUAUCGCCUGUGGUACCCUUAGGGUCUCCCCGACCCUCGUCUUCCGGUUCCAGCCACCGAAGUAACAGCCCUGACUCAAGUCUGUCCCCGUCUGGAUCUGGUGGUUUCACAUCCGGAACGUUUAUUCCCCGACCCGGACUUUUGAAUACGCAACAUCCGGCCCUAAUGCAUCAACAUUCGGUCGCAAUUCAAGGCCUCCUUCACGCUCAACAGAUGUAUGGUGCAUUUAACGGACAUACGGGUGGCCACAAUGGGGGCGGAAGUGGUAUGCCUAUGUUUUCCGGAAGUGCUUUUCACAGUCCUGCGGAUCACGCGUAUAAACUCUCACAGCACGCGCAAAACAUCCAACCAUACCUGAAUGAGUGGUUUGCACGUGGCGGCAUGUUGAUGCCUCGUAUGAUGGAUUACACGGCUCAACAGCAGUCUAGUCUUCUUGGUAAGACGAGGCGGCCACGGACGGCCUUCACCAGUCAACAAUUGCUGGAGCUAGAGCGACAAUUUAAGAUGAACAAAUACCUUUCACGACCCAAACGGUUCGAAGUGGCGACAUCGCUCAUGCUCACGGAGACCCAGGUGAAGAUCUGGUUUCAAAACCGAAGAAUGAAAUGGAAACGAAGUAAGAAACCUUCCUCAGAGCCGUCACAGAAGAGAAUGUCGGAAGGAGGUAAAAGGAAUAGCCUCUACGUCACCCAAAAAGGCGAAAAGGCACAGUCUGACGAUAAAAUAGAUGUAUUUGAUAUCGACCCAGAAUCUGAGGAUGUAGAAAUCGAUGAUGAUGAUGAUGAUGAAGAUGACGUAGAUUGUGAGUCACGUGAUGAGGAUGUAAAUGACAUCUCCGUACCGCACCCUGGUCAUGCGCAAUCUGACAUUCGCGGAGGUAGCUUGUCAGAUUCAAAUUUUCAGUUGAAACAGUUUGGAUUAUUACAAGCUGGUAUAUAGAUUUUAUGAGAGUAAGGAAAGUAUGACAUAGACCACCAAACGGCAGCUCUGUCGAUCGAAAAGAUGAACUUGAACCACAAAUAUUCGAAGUUGUAGAUUAUGUAUUAAAUGACCUUUGAUUUACAUAUCUGUGACACUUUUUGAAAGUGAAGAAUUUGAGGUUCAUCAACGUGUUCAGAUACAAGUUAUAAAGGGCAGCAUUCGGAUCGGUAUGGAACCGGAUAUUGCGUAUUGAAAUGACGUAGACAUAAACCUCCAUUGUACCAGCCCAGUUUGUAAUAUCAACAGACAUUGACCCAUAUUUAUAUAUGUGGUGUGCUAGUGCUAUCUUGUAAGCCCAUUGUGACGUAGUGUCACAUGACAGACAGACUGCUAAAUAUCUGCCAAAGACUUGUCGAGUCGAACUGCAAUCAAUCUAGUAUUAUUUAUUGACUUGUACAUAUGCAUGGUUUAUCUCGAUGAUAACGAUAAUUUGAUGACGAUGAUGAUCAUAUA